CGCGCAGCUGUCAACAUUGAGGAAGCAGCGAGAAGCAACAGUGGAAGUAGAAACUGUAGCUGCUGCCAUUAAUUAUCUGUAUCUGUUGUUAACUGUUUGUAGACACCUACGGUUACGGAAGAAGUUAUAGAGAAAGUUAAUGGUGACUUCUGCGCGCUUUAUAAUACAUGAAGAGUGAAAGGGAACAAUGUUUAGAACAGGUAGCUGUGGCUUGCUAACUUCUUAGCUAGCUUGCUAACAGUCAGCUGUUGUUAUGGUUGGGGAGAUAGCUAGCUAAAAAAAAUUAUAAUAGAGUGUUGAGUUUUAAAUUUGUUUAAAUUACCAAACUUCAUCGGACUGUUUAUUUCCGCAUCGACUUUGGACACAUGGGACUGGCUGGUUGGUGUUUAAUGGAGACCUAAAAGGCUGCAUCACUCCGACAGGCUGCUGUAACUGAUCCUGCAGAAGUAUCUUGGGACUCAAUCAGGACUGCUUCAAGAUGCACGACGCUUAUGAGCCAGUUAAUAUUUUGGAAAAGCUUCCCCUUCAGAUCGACUGUCUUGCUGCUUGGGAAGAUUGGCUGCUCGUUGGAACAAAACCAGGACAUCUUCUUCUCUACCGGAUCAAGAAGGAUGCAGGUUCCAACCGAUUUGAAGUGACUUUGGAAAAAUCCAAUAAAAACUUCUCAAAGAAAAUUCAGCAGCUAUACGUUGUCUCUCAGUACAAAAUUCUUGUCAGUCUUUUGGAGAACAACAUCCACGUCCAUGACCUCUUGACCUUUCAGCAGAUCACUGUGGUGUCUAAAGCCAAAGGGGCCACACUCAUCGCAUGCGACCUGCAGCAAACAAGUACAGGAGAGCAAAGCCUCAGAAUGUGCGUGGCAGUGAAAAGGAAACUCCAGCUGUAUUACUGGAAGGAUAGAGAGUUUCAUGAGCUGCAGAGCGACUUGGGUGUGCCGGAUAUUCCAAAGUCCAUGGCUUGGUGUGAAAACUCCAUCUGUGUUGGUUUCAAACGGGACUAUUACCUUAUUCGGCUGGAUGGGCGCGGCUCCAUCAAGGAGCUCUUCCCCACUGGGAAACAGUUGGAGCCUCUGGUUGCCCCCCUGGCUGAUGGAAAGGUGGCUGUUGGGCAGGAUGACCUUACUGUGGUACUUAAUGAAGAAGGAGUUUGCACCCAGAAGUGUGCCCUGAAUUGGACAGACAUCCCUAUAGCCAUGGAGCACCAGCCUCCAUACAUCAUUGCAGUCCUCCCGCGGUACGUGGAGAUCCGGACCUUGGAGCCACGGCUGCUGGUGCAGAAUGUGGAGCUGCAAAGGCCACGUUUCAUCACAUCAGCAGGGCCAAAUAUUGUUUAUGUCGCCAGCAACCAUUUUGUUUGGCGCCUGGUUCCGGUGUCGAUAGCCAGCCAGAUCCGACAGCUUCUCCAGGACAAGCAGUUUGAGCUGGCGCUUCAGCUUGCAAAAAUGAAGGAUGAUGCAGAUGGUGACAAGAAGCAGCAGAUUCAUCACAUCCAGAACCUUUACGCCUUCAACCUGUUUUGCCAGAAGAAAUUUGAUGACUCCAUGCAGGUGUUUGCUAAACUUGGCACCGAUCCCACACAUGUGAUCGGACUUUACCCAGACCUACUCCCAUCAGACUUCCGCAAACAGCUGCAUUACCCAAACCCUCUGCCUACGCUGUCCGUCGCCGAGCUGGAGAAAGCUCAUCUGGCCCUUAUAGAUUAUCUUACCCAGAAACGCAGCCACCUUGUUAAGCAGCUGAACGACUCUGACCCCUCCACCACGUCUCCACUCAUGGAGGGCACACCGACCAUUAAAAGCCGCAAAAAGCUCCUGCAGAUCAUUGACACCACGUUGCUGAAAUGUUAUCUGCAUACAAACGUGGCCCUUGUCUCUCCUCUUCUUCGACUGGAGAACAACCACUGCCACAUUGAGGAAAGCGAGUACGUCCUGAAGAAAUCCCAAAAGUACAGCGAGCUCAUCAUUCUGUAUGAAAAAAAGGGCUUACACCAGAAAGCUUUGCAGGUUCUGUUGGACCAAUCCACCAAGGCCAACUCUCCUCUGAAAGGCCAUGAGCGAACCGUCCAGUACCUCCAGCGACUUGGAGCAGAGAAUCUGGGCAUAAUCUUCGAGUUUUCCCCAUGGGUGCUUAAGAUCUGUCCAGAGGAUGGCCUGAAGAUCUUUACUGAAGAUCUGCCUGAGGUGGAGACUUUGCCUCGAGACAAAGUGCUUCAGUUCCUGAAGGAAGGCUUUGAGGAGCUGGCCAUCCCGUAUCUGGAGCACAUCAUCUACGAGUGGGAUGAGAAGGGCCCGGAGUUCCACAACGUCCUGAUUCAACUGUACCUGAGCAGGGUUCAAGGCCUGAUGAAACAGUACCUCAACUCGCUGCCAGAAGGGGUUCCUGCUGUUCCUGCUGGGCACGAAAAAGGUGAACUGGGAAGCUUCAGGAAUAAGCUGCUGUCCUUCCUGGAUAUUUCUACCAGCUACGAACCUGGCAGACUCAUCAGCGACUUUCCAUUCGAUGGGUUGCUGGAGGAACGGGCUUUGCUCCUGGGUCGCAUGGGUAAACACGAACAGGCGCUUUUCAUAUAUGUUCACGUUCUCAACGACACCCACAUGGCUGAAGAAUACUGUCACCGGCAUUAUAACAGUUCAGUGGAGGGAAAUAAGGACGUUUAUCUGUCCUUGCUGCGGAUGUACCUCUCCCCCCCUGACUCUCACUACCUGGGGCCCAUUACGAUGGAGCUCACUGAGCCUAAGGCAAACCUGCAGGCAGCCCUGCAGGUCCUGGAGCUGCACCACAGCAAGCUGAACACCUCCAAGGCUAUUAAUCUGCUCCCAGCAAACACUCAGAUCCGGGAGAUAAGGGUGUUUCUUGAGAGCGUCCUGGAGGAGAAGGCCCAGAUGAAGCGCUGUAAUCAGGUGUUGAAGAGUCUCCUGCAGGCCGAGUUCCUCCGGGUGCAAGAGGAACGAAUCUUCCAUCAGCAGGUUAAAUGUGUAAUAACAGAAGAAAAAACCUGCAGAGUCUGCAAGAAGAAGAUAGGAAACAGUGCAUUUGCCAGGUAUCCUAAUGGCGUGGUUGUGCAUUAUUUCUGCUGCAAAGAUCGCAGCGUCUGCCCCACUGAGCAGUAAGAGCCGCUUCACACUGGGCCUGAUAAACCCCCACCUUCUCCUCCACCCUUUGGACUCGGACAUGUUGGAAGGACUAAUAUAAAUAAAGUAUUGAUUUAUUUUUGGCCUGAGACAUCUCAGAGCAGAGCAGGGCCACAGUUUGAGCCUUUCUCUCGGUACACAUGAAGAAACAUUCGGAAAGACUCUCAAGAGGAAGAGAGAGGUCGAUGCAGACAAUCCAAAACGUGCUUCUGAAACACUGUAAAGGAUUUGUUGCCUUACAGGCAUGAUUAUUGACAGCUGGGAUGACGGAGAUUUGUGCUGAGUAUCUCUGAUUAUCACAGACUGGGCUUUUUUGGUUAGUUCCCUAGAGACCAUUGAUAUGCCAUACUGAGAGCUACAGUACUGUUAAAACGCCUUCUGUGACUCUGAAGAUUGUACCUGUGUGAAACAAGAUGUCACUCAUGACUUUCUGUUAGAGUAUAACCAACUUUGUUGUUUCCCUAGAACAUAUCAGUUUUUGUCAUUUAAUAUAAUUUACAAUUAGUUUUUUCCCACCUAAUCUAUACCCAAAUUAACCAAUUGUUUUUUAUUUUAUUCAAUUUAAUCAGUUCAAUUGUGGGUUGAGGAAUAGAGUUUAUCACCAUCACUGGUCUGCCUUUGUUAGUUGGGAUCUGUUACAGUAAAUAUAUUUACCAUAGGUUUGGACUGUUUACACAAAACCUAAAAGAAAUAACAUCACCAAGGCUUAUUAAUCAGUUUUAAAACUGUAGCAGUAUUCACUUCAACACCUUUUUAUCAUUUUUUAUUUCCAACUUUAACUGGAAGCUUGAAUUUUUGUGUUUUCUCUCACUAAGAGAGAAAAUGUUAGUCCUGCACUUUAAAUUGAUUCUAUGAUUUUUUUUUUUUUAUACUGCAAUUAUACUAAACCUAAGAGGAAGGGUAGAUGUUUGAAGGCAAUAUUGUUCUGAAAUGUGUCUGUUUGCUGUUUCUCUAGUGAGAAGUUCAAGAAGCAGAGAUGUUUUCUUUACUAAAAAUUAAAAAAGCAUGCAGCGUU